CUUGGAUGGUGGCAACCAUGUGAUACAUGGUCGUUGGGGUGCAUAUUGUAUGAGCUUCAUCGUGGAGCCACUCUUUUUCGUACGCAUAGUAAUCGUGAGCAUUUGGCAAUGAUGGAGCGAGUUUGUGGUCAUAUCCCUUUACGAAUGAUUCGUAAGACCAGGACGAAAUAUUUUCACAACGACGUAUUGGAUAUCACUGGAACGGAUGAAAGUUUCAUUCGGGACACAUGUGCCAAUCUUGUGGUAUGCCUAUAA